AUGCAGGCCAAGAAGCGGUACCUGCUCGUGUCUGUGGGGGCCGGUCUUCUCUUCCUCGUCUACCUGUGGGGUCUGCAAAUCGGGGACUUCCAGCAGCAGCCGUACCAGUAUCCCCAGUAUCCCCAGUAUCCCCAGUAUCCCCAGUAUCCCCAGCAUCACCAGCAGGAGCACCAGUACCGCCGCCAGAAGCAGGCUGCGUUCCAGCCCCAGCCCCUGCCCCAGAGACACCCCUCCAUGCCGUCCGGACACUGGCCUGAGCCCACCGGUCAGCUGGAGCCCUACCUGGAGGGCGGAGAGCAGGAGGAGGACAGCCCCCAGCUCCACCACCAGCACACGUCUCCCCGGGAGCGGCGGGCCAUCCGCGACAACAUCUACAAGUACCGGCGCUGCCGCAUGGAGACCUGCUUCGACUUCGCCCGCUGCCAGUCGGCCUUCCGGGUCUACGUCUACCCCCCACAGAGAGGGGACGAGGUCUCCGAGACCUACCAGAAGAUCCUGUCCUCCAUCGAGGAGUCCCGCUUCCACACAACGGACCCUACCCAGGCCUGCCUGUUCGUUCUGGCCGUGGACACGCUGGACAGGGACCAGCUCUCGUCCCAGUACGUCCCCAACGUCCGAUCCCGCAUCCACGGCCUCCCCAUGUGGAACGACGGCCGGAACCACCUCAUAUUUAACCUGUACUCCGGAACCUGGCCGGACUACUCGGAGGAGCUGGGGUUCGAGGUGGGCCAGGCCAUGCUGGCCAAGGCCAGCGCCGACGCGGUCAACUUCAGACCCAACUUUGAUAUCUCCAUCCCCCUGUUCUCCAAGGAUCACCCCCUCAAGGCGGGGGCCACGGGUUACCUGACUCUGAACGACACGCCGCCCUCCAGGAAGUACCUGCUGGUUUUCAAAGGGAAGCGGUACCUGACCGGCAUCGGGUCGGAGACCCGGAACGCGCUCUAUCACAUCCACAACGCGGAGGACGUGGUCCUGCUGACCACCUGCAAACACGGAAAAGACUGGGAGAAACACAAGGACUCGCGCUGUGACAGAGACAACAAGGACUACACAAAGUAA